AUGUCGUAUCUAUCUUUUGUACCUCACACACUUUCUCCCCUGUCUGGUCAUAAAAGAAGACAUGAAAAGACUCGUAGAAAAGCUUCAAAACGAGCAAAACAAGAUGAGGAGUUAAAUGAACGAGUACCUACUGGAAAUGAAGCUGUUCUCAAUGAACAGAAUGAAGACACUAGAAGUCGUUCGUGCCCAUACUUAGAUACUAUUCGAAGAAACAUGUUGGAUUUUGACUUUGAAAAGCUCUGUUCCGUCUCUUUGUCCCAUCUCAACGUCUAUGCAUGUCUCAUCUGUGGAAAAUACUUCCAGGGUCGUGGAAAUUCUACUCAUGCGUAUACACACAGCGUUAGUGAAGGUCAUCAUGUCUUCCUUAAUUUAGAAACUCGGCGGUUUUAUUGCUUACCUGAUGAUUACGAGAUUUUAGAUGGGUCAUUGGAAGAUAUCACCUACCUUCUAAAUCCUACUUUCACUGCUUCUGAAAUCUCGGCACUGGACGUCAAUUCGAAAAUGGUCAGAGCCUAUAAUGGUCUUACAUAUUAUCCUGGAGUUGUAGGUCUUAAUAACAUUAAGGCUAAUGAUUACUGCAACGUCAUAUUACAAAUGCUUAGCCAUAUAAGCCCAUUACGAGAUUAUUUCCUCAAUAGCAAGAACUACGAAAAUUCUCCUAUGGUUUCUGGAGACCAAAUGAUGCUCCUGGUUCAACGAUUCGGUGAACUUAUUCGGAAAUUGUGGAAUCCUCGAAACUUUAAAACUCAUGUUUCACCUCAUGAAUUUUUACAAGCAGUUGUGCUAUGCAGUAAAAAGCGUUUCCAAAUCACUGAACAAGGAGAUGCUGUCGAAUUUCUAUCAUGGUUGGUUAAUGCCAUAGAUAAAGCUUUGAGGCCUAAACGAAUUCUUUGUCCAGCAAGUUUAAUCAAUAAGACUUCCAAAAGUAUUGUCUCUUCCACCUUACAAGGGAAAAUGAGGAUAUACAGUCGCAAAAUCAUGCCUGUGAAUCUGCCAGAGGAAGAAAAAGCAUCAUUAGCCGACAGCCCCGAAUAUAUGACCUCAAUAUCAGACACGAACUUCUUUUACCUCACAUGUGACUUACCGCCACCUCCAUUGUACUUGGACGAAUUCAAGGAAAAUAUAAUUCCACAAGUUUCUUUGGCUACUUUACUUUCGAAGUUCAAUGGUACCACUGAAAAAGAAUAUAAAACACAUCGUGAUUCGACUAUGCGUAGGUUUGAGCUUCGUCGACUUCCUCCAUAUUUAAUCCUCUACAUGAAGAGAUUUGUGAAGAACAUCUUCACUUUGGAGAAAAAUCCGACGAUUGUCAACUUCCCUAUUAAAAGCAUUGAUUUCGGCGAUCUUUUAGCGCCUGAAUUUCGAGCUAAACACCGGUAUACUACAUAUGAUCUGGUAGCUAAUGUCGUGCACGAUGGUCCCCCAACUCCUGGCUCUGGUACGCAUCGUAUCCACUUGUUACAUCGUGGCACCGGGAAGUGGUUCGAACUUCAAGACUUACACGUGACCGAAGUCCUGCCGCAAAUGAUACCCCUCAGCGAAACCCUUAUUCAGGUUUGGGCUGUGAAUAAAUCUAUACCCAACCAAAACUUCAAAGUGUCUGAAAAAUUACCACAUGAAGGGAGUGGCGAGAUGGUUGAAUCAGAAGACACAAAAAUGGAAGAAGGCCAGUGUGAAGCUAUCAAACAAGAGGAAGCUAUGGAAACAGGUCCCGCAUCACAUGAGUGA